CAGGGGCAGCUCAGGAUGACCAACAAUGGCCACUCUGUUCAGAUCGACUUGCCACCCACCAUGAACAUCUCCCGAGGGCUGCCAGGUGUGUACACAGCUGUGCAGAUGCACCUGCACUGGGGAGGGCUGGACCUGGAGAGCAGCGGCUCGGAGCACACCAUCGACGGCAUGCGCUACUUCGCUGAGCUGCACAUUGUCCACUACGACGCUGCUAACUACUCCAGCUUUGAGGAAGCCAAGGACAAGCCCCAGGGGCUGGCUGUGCUGGCCUUCCUGUACACGGAUGGGCACUUUGAGAACACCUACUACAGCGAAUUCAUCUCCAAACUGGCGAGGAUCAGGUUUGCAGGUCACUCCACAACUCUCAGCUCCCUGGACAUCCAAGCCAUGCUGCCAGAAAACCUCUCCCACUUCUACAGGUACCAGGGCUCCCUGACCACCCCUCCGUGCUCCGAGAGCGUCAUCUGGACCAUCUUCCACUCGCCCAUUGUCCUGUCCCACACCCAGGUGCAGCUGCUGGAGAACACGCUGCUGGACUGGCACAACCGCACCCUGCGCAACGAUUACCGGCACGCGCAGCCGCUGCGGGGCCGCGUGGUGGAGGCAUCCUUCCGAGCCCGGCGGGGCCAGGCACAGUGUGAUCCAGAGGAAUUCACCCUCAGGCUGGACCAAAUCCAGAUGCAGCUCCAGGACAUGAAGAGAGAGUUGCUGAAUGGACUGAGCCACACAGAUACCAACUCCAGCACCUUUCCAGCUUUCUACUUCCCCGUGGAAAAGGUUGAGAGCUGUGUGGAGGUGCAUCCCCUCCGUGCCGUGUCCCUGCAAGCCCUCACGCUGUGCUUCUGGAGCAGAGCCCAGCGCCAGGGCAGCCAGACCGUCCUGUCCUACUCCACCGGGGAGAGCGAGCACGAGCUGGAGGUGACCGUGGGCGCAGAGCUGGGGCUCUGGCUGGGAGGGCACUUCCUCAGCUUCCCCCUGCAGCACGGGGCACAGGGCUGGCUGCACCUCUGCGUCACCUGGGCAGCCCCGGAGGGAACGGCCACGCUCUGGCUCAACGGGGCCGCUGGCAAAGCCAGGAGCAUCCAGAAGGGCUACGUGACCCGGGCCGGGGGCUCGCUGCUGCUCGGCAAGGCCAGGGACCCUCUGCUGGGCACGUUCUCCAACGGCCUGGCGGGCUGGCUGAGCCGGCUGAGCCUGUGGAGCAGGGUGCUCAGCGCCGCCGAGGUGCGGGCGCUGGCGCUGUGCAGGGCAGGGCAGCCCACGGGGGAUGUCAUAGCCUGGGGACAGACCCCCAUGGCCCUGCUCGGGGGGGUCCUGCUGCAGCCUGACACCAGCUGCCAGUGA